AUGUACAGGACCAGGAACUUGAAGUUGAAUAAAAAUGUUUCACAUAGUAGUUGGAAGGUAGCCCGACGUGGCUUAGACGCUGGAAUGAAGUUAAAGAAGAAAACCAAUGACUUUAUUUGGUAUUCUAGGUACUACUAUUCUAGCGUUAAAGAUCAUGGUAAACAAAGUCGUGAAGAGAGUGCUUGCUUCGGUUCAUGCGGGACUGGACGCAAUGGUACUAUGGCUAAAUGGUUUCUGAUGACUGGUGUGACGCUUGUGCUUGGGUCGUUACUGAUCAGUCAGCAGAAGCGGCGCAUCCAGUUGAAUAAGGAAAAAGAAAGAACCCGAAUUCGAAUCUUCGACAAUAACUGGUUGUUCUUCUGUUAUUCCACAUUGCCUUUGAAUGCUAUUUCUCGACUUUGGGGUCAGGUCAAUUCUUUAACUUUGCCUGUGUGGUUGCGGCCAUUGGGAUUCCGUCUGUAUGCUGUACUUUUUGGCGUGAAUAUCGAUGAGAUGGUAGAAACGGACUUGUCUAAGUAUGAGAAUCUUUCACAGUUUUUCUACCGUAAAAUUAAGCCAGAAUGUCGACCCAUUGAUGAGCGCGAAAACAUUGUUGUGUGCCCCAGUGAUGGCAGGGUCUUACAGUUGGGCGUGAUUGAUUCCGACACUGGAGACAUAGGGCAUAUUAAAGGUAUGAUAUAUUCUGUCAAGGACUUGCUUGGAACUCAUUCACAUCCUAUGAUAAACAGGGACAUGGCGAAGCAAGGUCUAUUGUCCAAUGAGAAUGAGGAGGACGAGCAUAAGGAGUUUGCCAGAGUUCAUAGAAUUCCACAUUUUCCUCAAGAAAUCGUUAACGAUACCCCAACCAGCGAAGACACCGAUCCUCCCUUGAAUCCUCCUAUUCAGUAUAACAAUGAAGGUGAUAAACUGUUACCUGAAUCUAGUAUUCCAGUUUCGAAAACUAUGAAAUUACUAGGGGAGUUGUCUUCUCAUUAUGUUGACGAGCUGUCAUCUAGUGAUCCAAAAAAUACCCAAUUAUAUUUUGCUGUCAUAUAUCUAGCACCGGGUGAUUAUCAUCAUUAUCAUUCCCCGGUAAAUUGGGUUUGUAAAUUACGUCGUCAUUUUCCAGGAGAACUAUUCUCUGUAUCUCCGUACUUCCAAAAGAACUUUCCUAAGUUGUUUAUCCUAAAUGAACGAGUUGCAUUAUUAGGGCAUUGGAAAUAUGGGUUUUUCAGUAUGACACCAGUGGGUGCCACCAACGUCGGCUCCAUUAAAUUGAACUUCGACAAAGAUUUGGUUACCAACUCUAAGUCCAAUAGACAUACUAAACCCAAUACCUGUUAUGAGGCUACCUAUGAGACAGCCUCUAAAAUCCUCAAGGGUGUGCCUUUGGAGAAAGGUGAAGAAAUGGGUGGCUUCAUGUUGGGAAGCACUGUAGUUUUGUGUUUCGAGGCCCCAAGCACCUUUCAAUUUGAAAUUAAGUUAGACGAUGUAGUGAAAAUAGGUCAACCUUUGGGGAAGAUCCAUUGA